UAAGUAAGGAAAGAAGGCAAAACAGCCGGAGCCUGGGAGGCAGUCCAGUCGCCUAGCAGGCUGUGGGCAGGUGCAGACAGGUGCGGCGGAGCUGAGCGGUUAAGAGUCAGUGAAGCCAGCUCCAGCCACUCAGCUCCCCCGCCCUCUGCCAUCUCUACCAGGACUGCCCAGGGGCCUCCAGCCAGCCCUUGCGCCCGUUCUCACGCCCCAGGGCCGCUGCUGCCGCCGCAGCCAUGUCUAUGGGCUUGGAAAUCGCUGGGGUGUCCCUGGCCGUGUUGGGCUGGAUGGGCACCAUCUUGUGCUGCGCGCUGCCCAUGUGGCGAGUGACGGCCUUCAUAGGCACCAGCAUCGUGACGGCGCAGACCAUCUGGGAGGGCCUGUGGAUGAACUGCGUGGUGCAGAGCACCGGUCAGAUGCAGUGCAAGGUGUACGACUCACUGCUGGCCCUGCCCCAGGACCUGCAGGCGGCUCGCGCCAUGAUUAUCGUGGCCAUCCUGCUGGCCGCGUUCGGGCUCCUUGCGGCCAUGGUGGGCGCGCAGUGCACCAACUGCGUGCAGGACGACACCGCCAAGGCCAAGAUCACCAUCGUGGCCGGCGUCGUCUUCCUGCUGGCCGGCUUGCUCACGCUCAUCCCCGUGUCGUGGUCAGCCAACACCAUCAUCCGGGAAUUCUACAGCUCCCUGGUGCCCGAAUCGCAGAAGCGGGAGCUGGGCGCCGCGCUCUACGUGGGCUGGGCGGCCUCGGUGCUACAACUGUUGGGCGGGGCGAUACUGUGCAGCUCCUGCCCACCCAAGGAGAAGAAGUACACGCCCUCCAAGAUCCUCUACUCGGCCCCGCGCUCCACCGCCACCACCGCGGUCGGUGUGGGGUCCAGCUACGACCGCAAGGACUACGUGUGAGUUCGCGCCCGCCAAGCCACACGUGGACCCUCGACGGGCGGGCUGGCGCUCGGCGGCCGGGCCCGGCCCAGCGGACGAACUGAAAGGUGGACGGGAGGGGGCGCCUGCCAGGAGGUCUCCCUUGCCGCGCUGCUGUCCCAGGGCUGAGCCACGACGGCGCGCCCCGGGCGCGAGUAGCACCGCCCCCCGCGAAUCCCCAGCAACUCCCGGAGAAGUCAAUCCGAGCUUCCCAGAGGGUAGCCGCGGAGCCAAAGGAGGGGAAUGGCCGAGUGAACGCCCAACGCCUCCACCUCUCGAACCCGCUUCUCGCUUAUUGUGGACUGAGCCAGCAGACAGCCAGACGGGCAAAGCGAAAAUUGAGGUCCUCCGCAACUAUGGACUAGACUUCUACACCCAGCCUUGAGCAGAUGGGGUGGUUGUGAAGUGUACUGGGCGCCUGACCUUGGAGACGCGGCCCGUCCUCCUGCCCCUUACGUCGGGCCACAGCCCUCAGAUCCCAGGCCAGUGGGUGAGGAGGAUCGGCGGCCGAGAGCUAGUAGGGACUGGGGGGGGGAGGGGUUCAAUAAAAUCUUUUGUUUCGCA